ACAGACUAUAUGAAGCGUGCCUCUGUAAAGUUAGCACUGACCAGUGUUGAACGGGCUUGUUGAGAGUGCUUUAUUUUGAAAGGCUCGUUUUGAUGUCGCGUGGUUUCUCACGAGCUUCACACCGGUGCGCUCUUCUGAAAGUGAUGGAAAAAAAUUACUGAAGCGAUUGCCACCGGACAGUAGUGGAUCCUCUUACGCGCAGUGUGGAGCAGCAGCCAGGAUGAUCCCAGUGGGUGAAUUCCGAUCCCUCGGCACUGAUAUCAGCUCAAAGUAUCGGGUCCUGAAACCGUGGUGGGACGUUUUCUCAGAGUACCUGUGCAUUGCUAUGCUGAUGAUUGGAGUUUUUGGGUGCACCUUGCAGCUCACCCAAGACAAGAUUGCAUGUCUGCCAAUCCACUUCACCAGCCCAACACCUGAGGCAAUCAGCUGCAGCAACAUCAGCAGUUACAAGGUCAAUGAGAAGUCGCAGCACACGGUGCUGAGCUCUGCGAGCCCCAUGAUAGUGGAGGUGUUUGGUCGGAAGAACAGUCUGGACAUUCAUCAAUAUGUGUUUGUCAACCACUAUUGCUAUGAGAGGUCUGUCCACUGGUAUGCAAAGUACUUCCCGUACCUCGUGGUAAUCCACACCGUGAUCUUCAUGGUAACAAGCAGCUUCUGGUUCAAGUUUCCUGGGACAUCUUCUAAAAUUGAUCUCUUUGCCAACAUUCUUGACAAGUGCUUUGACUCACCUUGGACCACGAGAGCCCUGAGUGAAGUCUCUGAGGAAAGAGGAGAGGAGAAGCUGGUCAGCUGGAGGAGGAACACCAUGACAAAAAGCUCCACAGAGCAACAAAUAGAUGAGGAGGAGACUGUGGGCCUACUUCGGUCCUCCUCUGUUAAGUCUAAUCCAGAAAAGAAAAGUGCAGAACCUAAGUCUACCCCAUCUUUGUUAGAUAAGAAGGAAGGGGAGCAAGCCAAAGCUCUAUUUGAAAAGGUGAAGAAGCUCAGAAUGCAUGUAGAGGAAAGAGACAUAUUGUAUCACAUGUAUGUGCUGCAAACUUCAGUAAAGGUCAUAAAGUUUCUUUUAAUUAUUAUCUACACCGCACUGCUGGCACCAAACAUUGAGAUAGUUGUGCGUUGUUUGGUUCCGCCUGAGCUGACUGGUUUUGAUGUCUAUUGCUGUAACCACAACAAAGCCCAUCUUUUCUCCAAGCUUGCCUACUGCUAUAUCUGCUUUGUGGGGGUCUUUGGACUUCUGUGCAUCUACACUCUCUACUGGCUGUUCCAUCGUCCUCUGAAGGAGUACUACUUUGAGCAGGUCAGACUGGAAACGGGUAUUAAUGACAUACCUGAUGUGAAGAAUGAUUUUGCCUUCCUCCUUCACCUUGUGGACCAGUAUGAUGCUCUUUAUUCUAAAAGGUUUGCUGUCUUUCUUUCUGAAGUCAGUGAGAGCCACCUCCACCAGCUUAACCUGAACUAUGAGUGGACUGACAAAAAGUUGCGCACACGUCUAGCCAAGAAUGCCAAUAACCGGCUAGAGCUCCAUCUAUUAAUGUUACCGGGGCUUCCUGACACAGUUUUUGAGAUUCCUGAACUGGAAUCACUCAAACUCGAGCAGAUGAACAAUGUCACCAUCCCGGCUAGUGUAGCAAAGCUAGAGUCCCUUCAGGAGUUAUCAAUGAUCUACUGCCCUGCAAAGCUCCAAGUGGCUGCCCUAAAUCACCUCAAAGAACAUUUAAAGAUUCUACAUCUAACCUUUGAGAGUUUAGAAGAGGUUCCUGUGUGGAUGUACACCUUACACUGCCUGGAGGAGCUCCAUCUGGAUGGUCCUUUAACCAAUGAGGUGUCCAAAAGUCCCACUCUGGAUUCCCUUAAAGAGCUUCGAGCUUUGAGAGUCCUCACUUUUCGCUCCAAGCUUACAAAGAUCCCUUCCAACAUAGCGGAUGUUGCGUUGCAGUUGCAGCAGUUGUGUAUCUACAAUGAAAAUGUCAAGGUCCAGGCUUUAAGCAUCCUGAAGAAGUUAACCAACUUAUUUUCACUGGUGUUAGUGGGCUGUGAGUUGGAGCGCAUCCCAAGCGCUGUCUUCAGCCUGAACAAUUUGCAGGAGCUGGACCUGAAGGAAAACAAACUUACCACUGUGGAGGAAAUUCUGAGCUUACAGCACUGCCGGCAUUUAGUGACACUUCGACUAUGGCACAAUAAAAUCUCAUACAUCCCUGACCAUAUAGCUAAGCUGCACUCCUUGGAGACUCUGGACAUUAGCUGGAACAAGCUAGGAAAGCUUCCCUCUCGGCUCUUCUACUGCACCAAACUCAGGCACCUCGAUGUAUCCCACAAUCAACUCACCUCUCUCCCUUCUGAAGUGAACAUCCUGCAGGGCCUGCAGUUCUUCUCUGCAGCGUUCAACUCUUUAGAGACAGUGCCAGAGGAGCUGUUCUCCUGUAAAAGGCUAAAGAUGCUGAUUCUUGGUAACAACCGCCUUCCAUACCUCAGCUCGAGAGUGGCCAACCUUGCCCAGCUGGUCCGGCUGGAUAUUAAAGGAAACCGUUUGGAGCAUUUACCUCUGGAGAUAGGGGACUGUCCCCUGCUGAGACAGAGUGGGUUGAUAGCAGAAGAUAGCCUGCUGGAUCAACUGCCAUUAGAUGUACGAAGCAAGUUAAAUAAAAGCUGAGUGUGUGGUGCUAAGGUUCGUCACAUACUCUCCUUUUCUCAUUGUAGCAUUGUGGGUAAUCUUGCUCUGACUUUCAUGAAAAAAAGGAUUAUUGACAGAAUAUUAAUCCAUGCAGCUAGGAUGAUAUUUUUGAUAGAGAAGAAAAAGGAAAACCCAAACCAUGGCUGACCACUAAAAGAGAAGAAGUAACUCUAAAGCUGUUGUCACACAUGCACUGAACUUUCAUAGGACUUGCCUGAAGAGCUGCUUGUAAGAACACAAAUGUCUAACACAGUUGGAUUGGACAGACUUUAAUCUGCCAGCUGCCUAGCAUAGAGUCCAUGGGAUGUCAGAUUGUGCCAAUAUGCAAAUUGCACACACAGUGUAUUGACAGCAAACAAAUGGAUGUACAGUAUGGUGCCUCCUGCAUGCUCUCUCCAGGCAGCUUAAAUCACUCUGAGUAUUUCCAAUAGUGAGAACACAUCUACCAACAACUGUGGAAAUCCUAAGUGUUCCAGUUUUGCAUAUCCAUAAAAAAGACUUAAGGACUCUAUUUAGAAGCAAUCAUCACAAAAUGUGUUUCAC